GAAUAUAAGUCUCCAAAAGAGAUAGCUUUGCUCAUAGACCUCCACAAGGCAAUCUUGCGAAACAAUCACAAGAAAGUGAAGCAGCUCAUCGAGUCAGGAGCUGAUGUCAACGCUGUGUACAAACAGGAGACAGCCUUCACGCGCGCCUUGCAACAUGAGCAUUUCGAAGUCAUGGACGUGAUCUUGGCAUGCUACAACUUUGACCCCGAUGCCAAGAGCUUAUUCAAUAAAACCCCGUUGUUCCUCACUGCAAGAAAAGGAUACACUUACUAUGUUGAAGAGCUUUUGUUUAUGUGCGCAAACGUCGACCAACAGGACCCACAGGGAGUGACGCCAUUAAGUGCAUGCUGUUAUGACGAUUUCCAUGAGGCUGCAGAAGAGCUGAUCCGCUAUAAUGCGGAAUUAGAUACCCCAGAUGUUAAUGGUGAAACUCCACUUUUUCGAGCAUGCUCUCACGUCAGCGUCAACUGUGUGCGAGUGCUCACUGAAAACGGCUGUGACGUGAACAUCGCCAACAAAAAAUCUGGACUGACGCCACUGAUGGUAGCUCUCCCUCCUUUACGCUCCAGUCGUGCGUGGAAAAAAAAGAAAAUCACCGACAUGUUAGAGAUCUGCCGGAUGUUGAUCAAGGCUGGCUGUGACGUGGACGCUCAAGACUUCAGAGGACGCACGGCUUUGCACCAUGUUGUGGACAAGAAAGACGUCCACGGGCUUUGCUUACUAGCAGAAAACGGAUGCAAUUUGGAAGUCUGUGAUGAAAACCGUCGAACACCCUUUCAGAAAGCUCUCUAUUACACUAUGCCAGUUUUCGAGAUUUGCAGAUUUCUAGUGUACUUCGGUGCUUACUGUCGGAAGGAGUACAUGUGUUAUGAAAGAUCUGAUGAGAUCAAAGCUUUGUCGACUUUGGCCUGGACCAUGAUGGCUGCACCGCGUGAAAAAAACCCAGACAAACUCCGCGAGCAAUUUUUGCUGCUGAGAGUUUUGAGGGAAGCAACCUACCCGUACCCUGGUGGUUUUCAUUCAGGGCUAGUUGUAGAACAAUUGGACAAAAACCCCACCAUUUUAGACCAGUACAAAACAGUCGAGAGGGAAACUGAAGACUGGAUGCGUUCACGAGUGCCUGCUUCUCUCCAGUUCCAGGCACGACUGAAACUUCGAGAAAUGUUAGGAGUAAGAAACACCCUAUGUAGGAUUGACUCAUUACCUAUUGGCAAAGAUUUAAAGAGGUACCUAAAGCUCAGCCUUGAGGAAGAGCUGCCGUUAUCAAGAAGCUGCAUGCUGCAUGUGUACAUUAAGGACGUUGAGAACAAGAAGCUGAAAGACCUCGUGCAAAGUGGUGCCAAUGUCAACUUCAAGGUGGACGGCAAAACACCUCUCGCUACAGCGAUCUCGCUAAAAAAUCUUGAAGCCUGUAGGAUACUGCUGUCAUCUAGUGUCGCCUCCAUGUGUCAAAACGCGGUCAAUGUAGAAGGAGACACGCCCCUCCACUUCGCUGCUGCCUGUGGUUUCAUCGACGUUAUCGACGAUAUUAUCCAAGCAGGUGGCACUGUUAAGGCACUCAAUAAGAAUAAUUUUACGCCUCUGCGCUCCGCCGUAACGGCCGGCCAUUUUGAAAUAGCCUCGCUUCUGAUCAAACGUGGCGCAGAGGUCAAAGGUCAGGAGACCAUGACCGUUCCAUUACUCCACCUGGCGGCUGCCAGCCGCAACAUUGAGGUAGUGAAGAUGAUGCUGGAGAGAGGGGUUGAAGCUAAUCUCAGGGACGACGAAAUGAACACGCCUCUGCACAUAGUGGCCAGCCAAGCAAGGAUCUACCUAAGGAAGCAGCUAUAUCUACCAGCUCUGCAUAAGUCAGACUUAGAAGCAACCCAAGAAACAAGUGACACGGACGUGAGCAGCAGUGAAACCACGCCCACAAUUCCAGGCAAGGAGAAGUACCGGGAUAUAGCAAGGCUACUUUUGGAGCACGGAGCAGACGUCCUGGUCUACAACUCGGAGUUUUUGACGCCGUUGGAAGUGGCGGAGGAAGGAGACGACCCGGUCCUGAUUGAUAUUUUCUUGGGGUUGCCCGAAAGCCAGUCUCCCAAAGCCGCCCCCUCUUCGCUCAUAGACCUCCACAAGGCAAUCUGGGUGGAUAAUAACGAGGAGGCAAGGAAGCUCAUCCAGUCAGGCGCUGAUAUCAACACUGUGCAUGAACACGAGACAGUCUUCACGCUUGCUGUGGAAUUCGAGAAUUUUGAAAUAAUGGACGAGAUCAUGGCACGACAUGACUUUGAUCCAAUGGCCAAGAACGUGUUUGGCAGAACCCCGUUGUUCGUUACUGCAAAAAAAGGAUUCACUCGCUAUGUUGAAGAGCUUUCGUCUAUGUGCACACACGUCAACCAAAAAGACAUCAAUGGAGUGACGCCUCUGCGUGCAUGCUGUUGGGGCGAUUACCAUGAGACUGCGAAAGUGCUGAUCAGUCAUGGUGCCGACUUAAACAAUGUGGAUAAUGACGGAGAAACUCCUCUUUAUGGUGCAUGUGUGCGGACAAGCGUCAACUGUGUACGAGAGUUCCUUGCGAACGGCUGUCAAGUGGACAUGCCCGGCAAAUCUGGAGUGACGCCACUGAUGAUGGCUCUCCCUCCUAUACGCAACUUCCUUGCGUGUGAAAAUCAUAAAAUCUCCGACAUGUUAGAGAUCUGCCAGAUGCUGAUCGACGCUGGCUGUGACUUGGACGCCCAAGACUCCAGAGGACGCACAGCUUUGCACUAUGCUGUCGACUAUGGAGAUGUUUUUGGGCUUUGUUUAUUAGCAGAAAAUGGAUGUAAUUUGGAAGUCUCUGACGAAAACCACCGAACACCAUUUCAGAAUGCUCUCUUUCAAACCACGCCAGCUUUUGAGAUAGCCAGAUUCCUUGUGUACUACGGCGCAAACUGCCGAGAGGAGAUUGAGGUUUAUACUUAUGGUAAAACGAAAGUGAAGUCUCCUCUGGCGUGGGCGAUAGAGGCUGUACCGCUGGGAGUUCAACCCGACAAACUCCGUGAGCGAUAUUUGCUGCUGAAAGUUUUGAGGGAAGCAGCCUUCCCAUACCUUGGUGGUCUUUCCUCAAGCCUGGCUUUACCACAAAUGAGCAAAAAACCCCACCUUGUUGAUGAAUACAGGGCAGUUGAGAGGGAAAUUGUGGGCUGGAUGUGUUCACAAGUACCUGCUUCCCUCCUUUUCCAGACAAGGUUGAAAUUUCGUGAAACGUUAGGAGUAAGAAACACCCUAAGUAGGAUUGACUCAUUGCCUAUUAGGUCAUAUUUAAUAAAGGGCUACCUAAAGCUCGGUCUUGGGAAAGAGCUGCCGUCAUCAAGAAGCUGUAUGUUGCAUGUGUACAUUAAGGACGGAGAGAACAAAAAGCUGGAAGACCUCGUGCAAAGUGGUGCCAAUGUCAACUUCGAGGUAAACGGGAAAACACCUCUUGCUACUGCCAUCAUACUGCAAAAUGUGGAAGCUUUUAGGAUACUGUUCUCGACUGGACUCGCCUCCAUAGGUCAAAACCCGGUUAAUAAAGAAGGAGAUACGCCCUUCCACGUCGCUGCUGCCUGUGGUCUCAUUAACAUUAUCGACGAUAUCAUCCAUGCAGGCGGUUCUGUUAACGCGCCUAAUAAGAAAAGAUGCACACCUCUGCACUCCGCCGUUACAGCCGGCCAUUUUGAAGUAGCCUCGCUUCUGAUCAGACGCGGUGCUAAGGUCAAAGAUCAGGAGACGCUGAGCUUUCCAUUGCUCCAUCUGGCGGCUGCAAACCACAACACUGAAAUAGUGGAAAUGAUGCUGGAGAGAGGGGUCAAGGCUAAUCUCAGGGAUCAACAAGGGAACACGCCCCUGCACAUAGUGGCCAGCCAAGCAAACAUUUACCUGGAGCUGAAUCUACCAGCUCUGAGUGGCCGUGUAGCCAGGCCCACAAUUCAGGACAAAAAGAAGUACCGGGAUGUAGCAAGGCUACUUUUGGCGCACGGAGCAGAGCAGGUCAUGGUCUACAACUCGGAGUCUUUGACGCCGUUGGACGUGGCGGAGAAAGGAGACGAUCCGGUCCUGAUUGAUAUUCUCAAAAAUAGGUGUGCAUCGGGAAUCAGCCCUGAUGGUGGGUCCUCACGAGCAGGGUGGAAUCAGCCGACGUCAGAAUUGUGCGGCCAUUAUACUCAGAUGUUCACGCCUGAUAAAUCUCUUGGGAUAUACACUUGGAAGAUGGAUUUGCCCGAAAGCCAGUCUGCAAAAGCCGCACCCUCUUCCCUCAUAGACCUCCACAAGGCAAUCUGGGACGACAAAAAUAAGGAGGCAAGGAAGCUCAUAAAGUCAGGCGCUGAUAUCAACACUGUGCAUGAGAACGAGACAGCCUUCACUCUUGCUGUGGAAUUCGAGAAUUUUGAAAUCAUGGACGAGAUUAUGGCACGACAUGACUUUGAUCCAAUGGCCAAGAACGUAUUUGGCAGAACCCCGUUGUUCGUUACGGCAAAAAAAGGAUUCACUUGCUAUGUUAAGGAUCUAGAGAUUUUGUCUACGUGCCCAAGCAUCGACCAUCAUGACAUCAAUGGAGCUACACCCCUGAGUGCAUGCUGUUGGGGCGAUCACCAUGAGACUGCGGAAGAGCUGAUUAGUAAUGGUGCCGACUUAGACAACGUGGAUAAUGAUGGAGAAACUCCUCUUUAUGGUGCAUGCAUAAGGACCAGCAUCAACUGUGUACGAGUGCUCAUUCAGAAAGGCUGUCAAGUGAACUUGCCCGGCAAAUCUGGAGUGACGCCACUGAUGAUGUCUCUCCCGCCGAUAGGCAACUUCCUUGUGUGUGAAAAUCAUAAAAUCUCCGACAUGUUAGAGAUGUGCCAGAUGCUGAUCGACGCUGGCUGUGACUUGGACGCCCAAGACUCUACAGGACGCACGGCUUUGCACUAUGCUGUGGACUACAAAGAUGUCUUCGGUGUUUGUUUACUAGCAGAAAACGGAUGCAAUUUGGAAGUGUCUGACGUAUUCCCUCAAACACCCUUUCAGAGUGCUCUUUUUCAAACUAUGCCUGCCUUCGAGAUUGCCAGACUCCUGGUGUACUAUGGGGCAAACUGCCGAGAGGAAAUCUUGGCUUGUAGUCUUGGUAAUACGGAAGUGAAGUCUCCUCUGGCGUGGGCAAUAGAAGCUGCUCCGCUCGGAGCUCAGCCCGACAAACUCCGUGAGCGAUAUUUCCUGCUGAAAGUUUUGAAGGAAGCAACCUACCCAUACCCUGGUGGUCUGUCCUCAAGUCUGGUUUUACCACAAGUGAGCAAGAACCCCCAUCUUGUUGAUCCAUACAGGGCUAUCGAGAGGAAAACUUCGGCCUGGAUGCGUUCACGAGUACCUGCUUCCCUUCAGUUCCAGGUACGGUUGAAAAUUCGAGACAUGUUAGGAGUAAGAAACACCCUAAGUAGAAUUGACUCAUUGCCUAUUGGCGAAUAUUUGAAGAGCUACCUAAAGCUCAAUCUUGAUUUAGAGCUGCCGUUAUCAAGAAGCUGCAUGCUGCAUGUGUACAUUAAGGACGGUGAGAACAAAAAGUUGGAAAACCUCGUGCGAAAUGGUGCUCAUGUCAACUUCAUGGUAGACGGGAAAACACCUCUCGCCACAGCCGUCAUCCUGAAAAAUCUGGAAGCCUUUAAGAUAGUGUUCUCGUCUAAAAUCGCCUCCAUCGGUCACCACCCGGUUAAUAAUGAAGGAGAUACGGCCCUCCACCUCGCUGCUGCCUACGGUCUCAUCAACAUUAUCGACGAUAUCAUCCUCGCAGGCGGUUCUGUUAAAGCGCAUAAUAAGAAAAGAUACACGCCUCUGCACUCCGCCGUGACAGCCGGCCAUUUUGAAGUAGCCUCGCUUCUGAUCAGACGUGGCGCCGAGGUCAAAGGUCAGGAGACGCUGGGUUAUCCAUUGAUCCACCUGGCGGCUGCGAGCCACAACAUUGAGGUAGUGGAGAUGAUGCUGAAGAGAGGGGUCGCAGCUAAUCUGAGGGAUCAAAAAGGGAACACGCCCCUGCACAUAGUGGCCAGCCAUGCAAACAUCUACAUAAACCUGGAGCUGAAUCUACCAGCUCUGAGUGGCCGUACAGCCAGGCCCACAACUCAAGACAAGGAGAAGUACCAGGAUAUAGCAAGGCUACUUUUGGCGCACGGAGCAGAGGUCAGGGCAUACAACACGGAGUCUUUCACGCCGAUGGACGUGGCGGAAAAAGGAGACGACCCGGUCCUGGUCGAUAUUCUCAAAAGUGGUCUUCUUUCCUUUUUAGGACUGUUGUCUAUGGGCGCAGACGUCGACCAACAGGACGUCCAGGGGGUGACGCCUCUAGGUGCAUGCUGUUGGGACGAUUUCCAUGAGACUUCGAAAGAGCUGAUUCGUUAUAAAGCCAAAAUGAACACCCCGGAUGUUAAUGGAGGAACUCCACUUUUUCGUGCAUGUGCUUACGUCAGCGUCAACUGUGUGCGAGUGCUCACUGAGAACGGCUGUGACGUGAACAUCGCCAGCAAAAGAUUUGGACUGACACCAUUAAUGGUAGCUCUGCCGUCUUUACGCUGCAGUCAUGUGUGUAAGAAAAAGAAAAUCUCCGACACGUUAGAGAUCUGCCAGAUGUUGAUCAAGGCUGGCUGUGACGUGGACGCUCAAGACUUCAGAGGACGCACGGCUUUGCACCAUGUUGUGGACAACAGAGAUGUUUUUGGGCUUUGUUUACUAGCAGAAAACGGAUGCAAUUUGGAAGUCUGUGACGAAAAAUGUCGAACACCAUUUCAGAAAGCUCUCUUUGACGAUAGGCCAGCUUACGAGGCUGCCAGAUUUCUUGUGUACUACGGUGCAAACUGUCGAGAGGAGAUCGAGGUUCAUUGUAACGGUAAAACGGAAGUGAAGUCUCCUCUGGCGUGGGCGAUGGAGACUAUACUGCAGGCAGACCACCGCUACCAAAUCUAUGAGCGACAUUUGCUGCUGAGAGUUUUGAGGAAAGCAACCUACCCAUACAGUGGUGGUCUUUCAUCAACAAGUCUGAGUUUACCUAAAAUGUUCGAAAGCCUUGACUUUGUUCAUCUAUAUAUGGCAUUCGAUAAUGAAACUGUGGAUUGGAUGCACUCAUCAGUAGCUGCUUCCCUUCAGUUCCAGGCACAGCUGAAACUUCGAGAAAUGUUAGGAGUAAGAAACACCCUAAGUAGGAUUGACUCAUUGCCUGUUGGGAAAUAUUUAAAGAGACACCUUAUGCUUGGUCUUGAGGAAGAGCUGCCGUUAUCAAGAAGCUGCAUGGUGCAUGUGUACAUUAGGGACAGAGAGAACAGAAAGCUGGAAGUCAUGGUGGAAAAUGGUGCUUAUGUCAACAUCAUGGUAGGUGGGUUCACCCCUCUGGGUACAGCCAUCAGAGAAAAGAACUUGGAAGCCUUUAGGAUACUGGUCUCAAAGUCCAAAGUCGCCUCCAUUUGUCAAAACCCGGUCAGUGUAGAAGGUGACACGCCCCUCCACGCCGCUGCCUCAUUUGGUUUCAUCGACGUUAUCGGCGAUAUCAUCCAAGCAGGCGGUUCUGUUAAAGCGCUCAAUAAGUUAAGGUACACUCCUCUGCACUGCGCUGUGAUAGCCGGCCAUUUUGAAGUAGCCUCGCUUUUGAUCAGACGUGGCGCUGAGGUCAAAGGUCAGGAGACGCUGGGCUAUCCAUUGCUCCACCUGGCAGCUGGGAGCCGCAACACUGAGGUAGUGGAGAUGAUGCUGGAGAGAGGGGUGGAAGCUAAUCUCAGGGAUCAUCAAGGGAACACACCGCUGCACAUAGUGGCCAGCCAAGCAAAUAUCUACUUAAACCAGCAAAUAUUGCUUCCAGCUCUGUACAAGUUAGAUGAGUUAUGCUUUAUAGACUCAAUCGGCACGAUCGGGAGCAGUCGUGAAGCCAGGCCCCCAAUACCAGGCAAGGAGAAGUACCGGGAUGUAGCAAGACUACUUUUGGAGCACGGAGCAAACAUCAGGACCUACAACUCGGAAUCUUUGACGCCUUUGGACGUGGCGGAGAAAGGAGACGAUCCGGUCCUGAUUGAUAUUCUCAAAAAGAGGGUUUAAUGAUGAUGAUGGCUAUUGCUUUGUCGUUUAUUUGCUUUCAUGUCAAUUUCAUUUUCUUUCAAUUUUAUACUCUCUCUGUGCCUGACUUCGUUUCGCUUUUUCUAAAAAAAAAAAAGAAAUAGUAUCUUACCACCGGGCAAGUUUUACUUCAUUUUACUUAUAUACGUUAUACUUUU